CUACUUGCCAGGGUUCUAAACUACAACCCGGUGACGGGACUCAAAAUCCAAAUGGUGCUUGUUUCCAAACACAAAUGGGCGAGACUCCUGCAAAAGGGAAAAUGGUCUCCACUGUGAUUACAAAUCCACAAAAUGGUCAAACUCUUGGUGCAAAUCAAGCAUUUACUGUCACAGCAAGAGUAUCCAAUCUCAAUACCGGCUUUUUCUCUGAUCCAGCUAAAGCAUAUUAUACAAAGUCACAAUCCCUCGGUAAUAAUGGUCAAAUUAAUGGUCAUAGUCAUAUUACCAUCCAACAGCUGAAUGGUAAUAAUCCUCCUGAUCCGAACGUGUUUGCCUUUUUCAAAGGAUUGAAUGAUCCUGCUAAUGGUCAAGGAGAUUUAUCUGUUGCUGUCGCGAAUGGCUUGCCACCGGGUAAUUAUAGAAUUUGUACUAUGGCUAGUUCGGAAAGUCAUCAACCUGUUCUUAUGCCUGUUGCUCAGCGUGGUGCUCAAGAUGAUU